AUGGGUCUAUUUUCGUUCUCGGAUGUUCUAAAGGAUGUUUCGGGUAUGUUAAACGAAUCCCGCAAGCUCUCUCUCAAGAACAAGAAGCUGAUGUUCUCUGUCUUGGUGUUCCCUCUCUUGCUCAAUGGUUUAGUUUACUUGUACAACGUCUUUCCCACCAAACCGGAGAGGUCCACGCCUCCCCAACUUGACGUUUCUUCAUGCAUCUCCAUGAUUGUCUGGACCAUCCCAUUCAUCACCGACCUCGUAUCCGUUCUACUCAUUGUCCACGCAUCAGCUCAUGCUCAUAAAAGGGAAAACAUCAACAUCAAACAUAUUCCGGUUCUGACCCUUAAAUCUUUGAAGAGACCUCUCAUAACCAGUCUCUACAUAGACCUCGUCCUUGUUGGAUUUUCGUUCCUCUUCGUUAUAAUCUUCUCUCCUCUCUUUUUGUACUCUCCAAGUUUCAAGUCCUUGUUCGCCAAGCCUGGCCCUUUCCGGUUUCUACUACUGCCCAUUCCGUCCUAUUUAGGUAUCGUUUGGGACUUGUCUAUGGUCAUAUCGAUACUCGAGGAAACCCAUGGGAUCCAUGCAUUGGGGAAAGCUAGAAAGAUUGCUAAAGGGAUGAGACCGAAAACUCUUCCUCUUGAACAUAUUCUUCCGCUUACUGUCCUUGGGUUUAUCUGA